AAUUAGUUAGUUCAUGCAGGAGACAGACAACCAUCAAAUCAUGAUGCUGGACUACGAAUGGGCCAAUCCCGCCGCCGCAGCGGCAGCCGCAAGGCGGCCGGAGAUUUCUUCGCCCCGACGGCAGCCGGAGGAUUGUUCUCCCCCGUCGGUGCGACGGCGGCCAGCGGGCAGAGGUAUGGAAUGGGAAUGCCGUCUGCGGUUACAGCUCCAGCGAGGAUUGGAUUAAAUCUGGGAGUGAGAACGUACUUCUCGUCGGCAUCGCCGGAGGAGGAGAUGGGGAUAGGGAGAGUGUGUAGGAGAAGAGUGAGGUUGGCAAGAUGUCAGGCGGAGGGAUGCGGGGCUGAUCUUACACAUGCGAAGCAUUACCAUAGGAGGCAUAAGGUCUGCGAAUUUCAUUCUAAGGCUUCUAUUGUUAUCGCCGCCGGACUAUCUCAGCGUUUCUGUCAGCAGUGCAGCAGGUUUCAUGUUCUAUCUGAGUUUGAUCAAGGAAAGCGCAGCUGCCGAAAGCGUUUGGCAGACCAUAAUCGCAGAAGAAGAAAAUCACAGGAUCUGGCCACAAUCAAUAAUAUAAACAAUAAUAAUAAUGAUAAUAACAACAACAAUAAUAAAAGCACAGUUGCUACAGCAAACAACAACAACAAUAACGCAGCACUACUUCACUUUGAGUCAAGUAGCAGCAGUAAUAACAACAAUACGAUGGCCAACAUGGGCAGCUCUAUGGAUAAGCGCAAUCCUGAAACAGGCUCGGCCAUUACCCGAGUCCCCUCUCCUGCAAUGGCACUGGGGCUCAAUUGUAGCGCCAUGACAGUUUCUCCGGCACUUGCAGGGCUAUCUGGUUCGUCAACAACGACUGUAAGUUCGCCGCCGAGAGUCUCAUUCUUCUCUCAUCUUGGCGACUUCCGCGGACACGAGCACCGUUUUCUUAGUUGGGAUGAUGGCGAUGAUAGUUGCAGCAUUAGAAGUCCAUAUCAGAGCAAGUAGUGCGUUGCAGUUUUGAUGGGGAAGUUAGUAUUUUUAGUUGUUUAUUUUCUCGAACAGUUUGCAUGCUUGGUUAGGUGUUCUUAAGCUUAUUCUGUAGUCUUUUUAAUCAAUAAACGAUGUUUUCUUCAUGGUA